ACUAAGUAAAUAUUACAUUUUGCGCAUUAUAUUAAAUUGUAUAUAUGUAUUUCCACAUUUUUUAAUGAGAAUAUACAGACGAAUGGCGGGAAUUUAACACGUGUCCGUUGCUUAGCAACAAAUUGUCAACAAAAAACUUCGUGAAUGGGCAGACAUGGCAUAGCUUCCAUCUAAGGAAAGAAUGGCAAAUUUUUAACGUUUUACCGAAUCAUUUUAUAUCGUCCAAAAUUUUUUAAGAGGAAAAGUAGCUUCUUCGUGUUUUAAUAAUUAUUUCUCAUCAAAUCAUAAUUACUGAAAAUUGUAUAUCUGAAUUUUUCAUCAGAAAUGACAAGAUGCAUGAGAAAGGAGGUUAAUCUAAAGAGCAGUACCUAUAAUCAAACGGGAGAGAGAUAUUUGCAGCAAUUGGCGGCGUACAAUUCAAUGAGCAUACAUUUACGACGGAUUUUAUCGGCAAAAAGCGUUAUCGAUACGAGAAAUAAAAAUUACUUGUUGAAGAAACAUCAGCCGUGCAAAGUACAAGAAACCGGCGAUAAGAGAGUCUGUUCGCACCCGGCAGUAAUAGACGAUGUGAUCAAUAGAUUAGCCUAUGAUACUCUACAUCAUCCAAUGGAUAUAUUAAGAAUAAAUUUAAAUUCGAAGCAUCCGGAUUGUUGCAAUUACAAUUUAGAUCAUCAGCAAUCGAAAGUUUGUAGUGGCCGAACGUGUUGCGAAGAGAACGAACAAAUGGGUCAUCGAUCGACUUCGAAAAAUCGUAGAACGGUGUCACCGGCGACGGCACGUUCACCGAAACGUAAAAAAGUUAAGACGAAUUCUGUUAGCGGAAAAGAAUUGAAAUGCGUGCGAGAGAUUUCUCAUAUAAUCGAUCCAUGUUAUUCGCAACAGAGAAAAUGUGGGUAUGAGAAAGAUUCGUUCUUCCCUUGCACAACUACUGCAUUAGGUUCAUCAGUAUUUAAAUCAGGAUCUCAAUCCCUGAUGCAAGAAAUGAUCGAUCGUCGCUCGAUAUCCUCGAAUGCCUCACAGUGCUACGAUUAUGAUUGCGACGACCAAUCCAUCGAAUUAAAGCACGUCUCAAAACAACUCUUAUCCCCCAAAAAGGAAGAGAAGGAAUAUGUCAAAUUUAUCUACGACAUUACCAAAGAAAUAAUAGAGAAAAGUCUUUAUACCGAUAAAGAACUGCGGAAUGUAUUCAAGAAGCAUAUCGAUCUAUAUAAAGGAAUAUUAAACAUGAAUAAAAUGCUGUAUGAGAUUUAUCAGUUAAAAAUCUCCUUGAACAUGACGGACGAUUCAGACACGGACGACGAACUGGAGGAGUUGAUCAACGCGCAAAAAUUGUUGAGCGUAUCGGAGAUUAGGCCACCCACACCGCCGAAAGUUUUAGAUGACAAUAAAGUGAUGGAGAAGCUGGAAUCUUAUCGGAAAAUGACUGAGAGAUCGCAAGAACAAUAUCGUCUGAAGUCAGUGACGUUGGUCGAUGCGAAUCCCGACCUAUUCGUCACGGAGAGAGAUGUGCUAAUGUCGUUGGUGGAAGUGGGUAUCGAUCCCAAACAGGUUCAACAUAUAUGUAAGAAUCUGCGCUACAAGAGUAGAGACACGAUGCAAACAACAGAUGCGGAAGUUUCAUAUCCUUUGAACUUGGAAGUGAACGAUUUAGAGGAAUUGCGAAAUAACGACAGACAGAUUUCUCCCGAGGUCGAAACAGUUAAGAGCGUCCACAAUUUUGUCGCGGAUAAUUCACCCUCGUCUUUGGAAGAACAGGAUGCCAAUUCCUAUGCGAAUUUAAUGUCCGCACAACAGGAGACAAUUGAAACUGAAAAGGAGAUAAAAUCUGAAACUAAACUCGAAAAUGACAAAGUGGACUCGUGAACUGAAUUGUUAAAUAUUUUUGUGUUUUACCGGAAACUCGUUUCUAUUUCUGUUACCAAGAAACAUUUGAUUUCAAUGCAAUGAUCGUUAUAAUAUCGCUUUUGUACGUAUAUAAUGCUUAAGUAACUUAUUGCGUUAACAAUGAAAUAAACAUUGGAUAUGCAAUUUUUAAUUCAUGCAAAAGAAUACGAUUCGCUUGUCAUUUAACGAUACGCCGAUUUUACUAAUGUAGUAUAGGAAUCGAGAUAUACACACUAAUUAUCAUCUCAUCCAUGUACACGUUUCUUUUAUUCGUAUAUAUAUUUCUUUUCUUACAUCGAAUUUCACCAUAUGUCUGCGUGAGAAUCUGUCGCAUUUCGCAGUUGAAUUCUCAACAGAGGUAAAAUAUACACAGUGAAAAAAUAGACAUAUAUAUUUAUACCUGUACAUAUACAACCUCUUUUAUGCAUAUCUAUGUACAGAUAUACAAAUGUUACACGUUUGUACAGCAGGAGAUCUCUACAUGAUACAUCAUUUGGAUAUAUCUUUAAUGUAUAUAUUAUAGCGUAAUUUUUUCUGCUAAAGAGAGACAGACUAAGAUAGCUGCAUACGGUAUAUGUUAUGCACUUUGUUCGCUUUUUUACAGUUACUGGCUCUGCUUGUGCAUUCAUUUUGUACACGAGUUUCAUCCCCUUUAUCAGGCAUAACUGAGGUAUCUUACAGUUAUUUAACAUCGAGAAGGUAACUAAAACAUAUCUCAUUUGAUAUCUACCUGCGAUAGAUUUCAAUAAAAGAAUAAAUGUCAACUACGAAUAUAAUGGCGGUGGUUCUUUCGUCACCUAUAUGCAAAAACAAGUUAUAUAAAAUGUUAAAUAUAACAUUAUCAAAAUAAAUUGUAUUUAUUUUCGAGCUACAUGUUUUCAUAUUCAAUUAUAUUAUAUUAUAUGAAUUGGGAACUCUUUGUACUAUGCAUUGAUAUUCUCAGUACAAAUAAACUAAUGUAUUCUAUAAAAAUU